AUAAGCUAUAAUUUAAUUAAUAAGUAAUCAUAAUAUUAUUUUCAUAAAUAUAAUAAGUAUAAUAUAGAAAAUUCAUUAUAUUAAAUAUAAAAUUCAGCCGUUUGCUUUACAGUUACAUUAAUAGCUACGUCUCAAUAUAAAGUGUAAAAUAUUCAUGUACAGUGCAUAGUGCUAAUAAUAAUGAUAAUAAUAAAUGUUUAAAGAUUCAAAAUAUAUAAAAAAAAAAUGUCAACAUUGGUAUUAUUGUACAAAUAUUUUCACAAGCAUUUAAAACAAACAUAUCACAAACGAAUAAUAAUGUACAAAAUAAUAAAACAUUUAAAAACACUAAUAGUUAGAACUCUGGUUCCCCCGGGAAUUCCCGGUGGGGGGUCGGCGACCGGGGGAUAGAUGUGCGUUGUCUAUGACUAUAUAUUUAUAAAAAAAUCUAAGUGAUAUUAAUUUCAUCUAAUGACUUUAGCUACAUACUUAAAACGUAAAAUUGCAUUAUUUGAGUAUACAAACAUAACUAUAUAACUGUACAUUUGAUUGGUAAAACCACACAAUACAAUUCAGACUUCGCCCUGGGGGUGGCCGCUUAUUUCAGGUGUCUAUCCGUCUUCCUGUUGUACAUUAUACCGAAAACUAUAUACCAAAUUUCCAUAUUUAUAUAUAUAUCAAGUCAAAAAAUCUUUAAAAAAAAAUUAACCUUGUUUUAUAUACAAGUGUGGUACAAGUUUCUCACGGUUUUACUCUAAACUCAAUCGGCCAUAGUGCCACAUUUGUGUUUUAAUAAAACAAUAAAAUUCCCAUACCAAUCUCAGUAAUGCGUUAACUUAAUUCAUAAUUUUCAUUCGGUGAAUUUUUAUUCUUACAAACUUUAAAAACAAUUCUGACUAAAUGGGGAAGUUCUCAAUUCAAUUAUUAUUUUUCGUGUUGUCACUUCAGAAGCUUCUCGGUGAGCUGACUUAAUGAUGCUUUUUCGCUUGAAAGCUAAUGCUUCUCAUGUGAACAAAUUUUAUCAAAAUCUAAUCAGCUGUUUUAGGGUUAUCCUUAAUAAUGUAUAUUUAAUUGACUUCGAUACUACGUUGAUCAUGUUCGCAUUUUAUUUUGUUGGAGUCGAUUUCUUUUUUAGUUAAAAUGUUGUAUUAUAAUUUUAAAAAAAAUCGAUGUAUUUUCAUAGAUUAAAUUCGAUAUAGUAAACAGUCUUCAGUUUUAAACAGCAAAUGAAUAUAAUCUGUGGCUGGACAGUUUGUAGCAACAGUUAAAAUUUUCUAUGAAAAAUCCUAGGCCGCAACGGGCAGUAAACUGCUAUAGUCAUCUCCGCGACGGUAGUCAGAACAGAUAAAAUCAUACGUUUCUUUACAGGCGUUCACACUUACUCGCCAGACAAUUGGGUUCAUGGACCUAAAUUAAUUGCUUUAUUAUGAAGUCGAAAUCAGAGAUCCACUGGUUUCAAUAAACAUGUAAAUUGGACUUCAAACGUUCACAUUCAUGUUUCUGAGCAGUUUACUUUUGUGCGAGUUUGUGCACUGUAGUGUCUUAUACAUUUCCGCUGUUUGACUAGCCGAUGCCUACGCGCGCAUUGCUGUUAGCGUGAACCUAUAUGUUACUUAUGACGACGCUUGCAGCUGAAAGUAAGUAUUUUACUUUUUGACGAAGCAUGUUGCUGAUAACUCUAUUUCUGUAAUCUGACGAAGCGUGUUGCGGAUAAUAACAUGUACUUUUAGGUUAUUAAAAUCAUAUUUUGUAUAUUAAUAAAAGUUUAAAUUUAACUAAGGUAGCGGUGCUAGUAGAUGGCCAUACAUCAGUAGUUGGCCGCUUUCCCUAAAAAUGCUUAUAACAAGAGUUUUAUAUAACAUUUUUUACGCAUUGUUAGCUUAUAGGCUAGUGUGAUCAUCUGGCAACACAAAAAAAAUAGACGCCGUCAUGUUGGUAGCCGUGAUAUUCAAGAUGGCGAAUUUUGACUUUUGAAUCGGUGGUCGUCAGAUUAAAACAAGGUAAUUUCUUAUGUAAUUUAUUAAACAAAGAAGUCAAUCAUUCGAAAGAUUUUGAUGGCAAAUCAUGUUAUUUUGUUUGGAUAAUUUGGUUUUAGGAUUUAUAGUGGGUUUGAGUCAACAUUUGUUUUAAAAAUUAAAAAUACAUUUUUGCUUACAUUACAGUUUGUUGGGGUGGCCCAUUACUAGCAUCUGUUAGUCAAAAUAACUUAAUAGUUGCCCGUCCGGGCAACUACUGGGUAUUUUCUAUUUCAAGUUUAUUUUGCUUCAUUAUUUUUAUCUAACCUAAAAAGUUAGUAAAAUUAAAAUGCUUUAACAAUUUUUGGGUUUUAUUUUUAAUUUUCAGUAAUGAGCCGGGUGGGCAACUACUGACUAUUAUUUCGGCUAAUUACUAAUUCUGUCCAUGUAUUCCAUUUUAGGUAAGUAUUAACUUAAUUUUUUAUUUUUUAGAUGCCAGGAAAAAAAGGAGCGUUUUUAAGUUAUAGUGAAGAGGCCAUGACCCAAGCCGUUAACGACGUAAGACUCCAUGACACACCGAUACGUGCUGCCGCCAAGAAAUUUGGAGUGCCUCGGCAGACUUGCAAAUAAAGUGACCGGGAAAUCUCCUCUUGCAAGGAAGAUGGGCCCAGCCACUAUGCUGACAAAAGAAGAAGAGGAGAGAAUAUGCCAAUGGGUGUACGAAUCUGCAGCGGCUGGAUUCCCCAUUACUCACGAGCAGCUGCUCUUCAGUAUUCAGAAUGAGAAAGGCAUCGUACUUAUACCACUCUUUCCAAAUGCUACUCAUUUGCUGCAACCACUUGACGUGGCCGUUUUUAAACCUUCAAAGGUGGCUUGGAGGAAGCGAGUGCACAUGUGGCGGAUUGAAAAAAUUCAAAGCGAGGAGGGGCACGCUUUAAAGAAGAAAGACUUCGCCAAAUUACUUAAGGAGGUGAUGGAAGAAAGCUUAACCCCUUCCAUACUAGUGAAUGGUUUCCGCAAAUGUGGCCUUGUUCCCUGGAACCCCGAAGCAGUUACGAUCCCUGGGAAAGCUAUUGAGAAGAAGGACAACACUGAAAAAAUUUUGUUCUUAAAGAGAGGCUUACAUUCUCUAAAUGAAUCAAUACCUGCUGACACCUUGAUUGCAUUUCAAUCUACAAUUGGUGAUUGGUCCGGUGACACCACUGAUAAGUCAUUGUUCAACUUAUGGCACAGUACCAAAACUGAAGUAGAAGCCCUCCAAAAGGAAGAUAGUGAUCUAACGCACGAGGAUCGGACAGCAUCUCCACUUGCAGCUGACUUCAACAUUCCAGCACCGAUUUCCGACUUAGCCACUGCGGACAUGGAGCUUGUACAUGAACUACCAGGACCACCAUCUAGCACAGCUGACUUCAACAUACCAGCACCGAUUUCCCACUUAGUCACUGCGGACAUGGAGCUUGUACAUGAACUACCAGGGCCACCAUCUAGCACAGCUGACUUCAACAUUCCAGCACCGAUUUCUGACUUAGCUACUGCGGACAUGAAGCUUGUACAUGAACAACCAGGACCCUCAUCAACUAGCACUGUGCCUAGUCCCUUUAAAAAGCACUUUUUUUAUGUACCGACGGAAGUGAGCAAGGAUACAAAAAGGAAGCCAAAGGAAAAAUUGCCCACCGUAGCUUUUGGAGAGGAUUAUGUAAUCUACUUGAAACGGAAAAGAAGGAGAAUCUCGCAAAGCAGAAGUUAG